CAUAUCCUCCUUGUAUACCAAUUGUGAAUUACAAACAUUUUCAUAUCUUUGCUAUCCAAUCCAUGGCUUCCUCAGCCAAACAUUUUGCAUUCUUUUUUCUUCUUGCUUUCUUGUCAUCCUCUAAGCUUACUCAAGCUAGACAAAGCCAAUUCUUCAGCAAAGUCUCCACCACCAACACCACCGCCGCCGCCGCCGCCGCCACCACCGUCACUCCCUCCGUUGCCAAAGACGCCUCCGACAAUGGAAGCCAAGAUCAACCAAACUUCGUCCAAGAUUCUCAAACCGGCUAUGGCCUAUAUGGCCAUGAAAAUGGCCAACUUCCACCUGACUCCGACACCACCAAGACCUUAAACUCUUCCCCCUACACAACGGCUCAUGAUGUCCAACCAAACAAGGAAACCAAUGAAAGAAUGAGCGGCACUAGUCUCAUGAACCAAGGUUAUUCCACCACCUAUAAUGACAAGACCUACAUGACAAAGCCCGAAGGCUACACAUAUUCCAAUAACAACAACAAUGAGUACGUGAUCAAUCCUGAAGAAUACGGAGUUUCCAACAACAACAACAAUGAAUACGUGACAAAGCCUGAAGAAUACGGAGCUUCCAAUAACAACAACUAUUACUACAACAAUAACAACGAGUAUGUGAAUGAGCAACAAGGAUUUAGUGGCACGAGUCUCAUGGACCGUCGUUCUCCCACCGCCUACAACCAGGAAUACGUGACAAAACCAGAUGGUUAUGACUCCACAAACAAUAACUACAACUACAACAAUAACAAUGAGUAUGUGAAUGGGCAACAAGGAUUUAGUGGCACGAGUCUCAUGCGUCGUUCUCCCACCACCUACAACGAGGAAUACGCGACAAAGCCUGAUGGUUAUGACUCCACAAACAAUAACUACAACUACAACAAUGGUGGUGUCAACACGUACAACUCACAACAACAACAACAACAACAAGGGUUUGGUGAGGGAAAGUAUUUGGGCGAAUUCAACAACAACAAAAACACAAAUUAUUACAAUAGAGUAAACAACAACAACGGCGCCUACAAUGGGCAGCGACAAGGUAUGAGCGAUACAAGGUUCAUGGAAAACGGAAAGUACUUCUAUGAUGUGAAAAAUGAAUACAAUUACAACCCUAAUGGGCUUGAUCAGUACUCCAACAAUGGGUAUUCAGGAAGCAACAUUAAUGGAAACUCCAUGGAAGGGUAUCAGAAUCAAGAGAGUGAAUUAGAUGGCUUUAAUCCAUGAUUUUCUCAAUUAAUUAACUUAUUUCUUUUCAGUAUUGUUUUCUAAUUAGCCAUAAAAGAAAAUAUAUAAGAUUGAGUGUUUGAUAAAUUAUGUGUUUAAUUAGUUUAUUGAGAAAUGGAAAAGUGUUGUAAUUUAUUUGGUAUCUUGAGAUUUACGUUUGUUUGUCAGUCUUUGGAAGAUAAAAGACUAUUAUAAUAUAUAAAUAUAUAUAUAUAUUUUUUAAA